AUGGAAUUGUACGGAGAGCUCUACGACUGUGAUGAAUUGCUGGACGAGUACAAUGCGGACUGUGGGGAUGCAAAACCCCCCUGGGGGGAAGCCCUCCUGGGUGAGGAUACCACCGCCCAGUGUGUAGAAGACGAAGCGCACGUGAAAAACAUAGAAGUAGAUAUAAAGAGCAACAAGAAAAAUGUGUCGACUCAGUAUCUAUUCCUUUACAUCAAUACGUUUAAGCAGAAAAACAUCAGAAAUGACAAGACCCUCUACGUAGUGAACUUUUAUGACAUCCACAUGAAGAGCGACGAUAAGAAUGUGCUAGAGACGGAGAAGGACAUAAUGGAGCAUUGCUGGGAGAACGUUUCGAGGGCAGCAAGGAGGGACCACCACGAUGGUGAUGACGAUGGUCACGACGAUGCCGUUCAGAGUAGUCACCGUUCGAAGUACUACCUGUUUAAAAUUUACGCAACCAUUCUGAAGUACUUCCCCUUCAGCUUCAAACUUUGGUACCACUACCUGAAGGACCGCAUAGAAAUGUUGGGCGGAGUUUACUAUGACCAGAAGGAGGAGUAUGAGGACGUGAAUCGAGUGUUCGAACAGUGCCUCCUAUACAUGUACCAUUUUAAAGCCAUCUACAUAUUGUAUAUACAGUUUCUCUUCCUCCAAAGGAAGGUGCAAAAGAUAAGGCUCAUCUUUAACCUUGCCCUACAAAACAUCAGUCUGAAUCAGCAUGAAGACCUCUGGGAGUAUCAGCUAAAAUAUAAUAAAAAAAUAAAAAGCAAGUUAAUCAACUACGAAUACAUUAAACGGUACGUAACAAUCUAUCCGGAGAAUAUUGUUCACCUUUUUAACCACUACGUGAGGUACAAAAUGUGUAAACACGCUCUAAAUACAUUUUUCUACAUGAUCAGUUGUGAUGAGGAGGAAAAUCUCCAACUGGGAGAAAAGUCCAUAUACGAUUUGUAUAGGGAAUUAUUUCAGUUGAUCAGUUCACGUAAAGUAUUAGACAACGACGUGUUGGUAACACUGAGGAAAAACUUCGAUACUUUCAAGCGGUAUGAAAAUGUGACCUCCAUUUAUACGUUGCUGGCAAAUAGCUUCGUGUAUGAGGGUCGUUGGAAUAAGGCUAUGGAUGCCUAUGAGGAGGGCAUCCUAGAAUGUUACACGGUGAACGACUUCUCAGUACUUUUUGAGGGGUACAUAGAAACGAUGAAAAUACUAAUCGAAUUGAAGAUGCGCAAGGAAGAGGGAAACGACGUGAUAAGUAGUAGCGGGGAGGACACCGAUGGAGGUAAUCGUGACCAGCUUUCCCCCUCUGGGGACGACUCCGUGGUGGACCUCUACAUGGACAAAAUAAAUUACCUGCUGGACAAGCGCAAGGUGUUCAUAGCAGAUAUCAAACUGAAGAACAACCAGAAGAACGUUUACGUGUGGUUAGGCAAAAUAGAUGCAGUCGAAACGGCGAAUGAAAAGGUGGACCUCUACAACAGGUGCUUAAAGCAUUUCGAAGACGGAGAUUACGCUGGUCGACUCAGCGACGUCUACAUCAGUUACGCAUAUUUCCACUACAAUCGUAACGAGUAUGACAAAGCAGUGAAUGUAUUCAAUAGAGCUGUGCGUGAUCACAGUUUUAAAACGCUGAAUGAGAUUGCAAGUGUGUAUUGUUCCUGGAUAGAGGUGGAGUUACUUGAGGGCAAUUCUAAGAAGGCCCUGCGUAUAGCCAGAUUGGUUAUCGAUCUGAGUAACAGUGGGGGAGGAGGAAGAAGGAGUCCGAUGAAGAAGUACACCGGGCCAAACAUACACGAAGGAAGUGAAUCCCUCAUUGGAAGAAACAUACCAAUGUUGGGAGAUGACCAUUUUAGAAGUCUAAACCAGAACUUCAGCCUUUUAAAUAACGUAAAGUUAGCUUGCCUCAUCCUUGACCUGGAAAUAAAUUAUGGUACCAUCGAAACGUCCAUAAAUCUGUUUGAUAUGCUGUACCAUAAGAAGAUCAUCACGGUGAAGAUGGUCCUCUCAUUUGCCAACUACCUGUAUGAGAACAAGUACUUCUAUGAAUGCUUUAAAACAUAUGAGAAGGCCAUUUCCAUUUUCCAUUACCCUUACCUGUACCCGGUGUACGUACACUACAUAAGUAAAUAUGUGGAGCGUUACAAGGAUAAGAAUAUUUCCUACGUGCGUGAGUUAUACAAACAAGCCAUUUACGGAGUGGAUGAAAAAACAUUUAUCCCCAAGGAGUUUGCCAAAAUUGUGUUCCUUAUGUAUGCCUCUUUUGAGGAGAACUACGGGUUUCUGAAGAGGUCCCUUUCCAUUUAUAAGGAGGCCGUUCCCUUCCUCCCCGAGCCGGACAAAGUCAAGUUUUACAAGCUCUUUAUUUCGAAGGUCUCCAAAUCGUACGGAGUGCACAAGGCGAGGGAGGCUUUCGAAGAGGCCAUCCAGACUCUGAAGGACGACGAUGCGCGUGAAAUAUGUCUGUUGUACAUCGACAUGGAGAACAAGCUGAACGAAUACGAUCGUGUCCGGGCGCUUUACAUCUACACUGCUCAGUUCACCAACCCGUCUGUGCACGUGUCCUUUUAUCAGGAUUGGCGAGAAUUCGAAGCGCUGCACGGGAAUGAGCACACCUUCAGGGAAAUGAUAAGGAUCAAGAGGAGCGUCCUCAGCCUGUUCUCAAAUUCGCGCAGCGCCAGCAAGCCAUUGGGCAUGUUGGAGGACGAUGAUGUGGACGGUUUGGAGAAUACGAAAAGAAAACUGCAGGAAAUGAUUGACAAUGAGGAGAACGCUCAGAAAAGGGUGAAGGUAGGUUGACCCCUUUGUUAUUUUACCUUCACUCCCUUUGAAUUUUUCCCCUCCGUGUGGGGACGGUGUAUGAUAGGGUGGACGCACAAUGGGCAACUGCACAGUGCGAGCACAUCAUUUGAGCGUCUACAG